AGCUGCGGAUUGAUUCAAGGAUUUUGUUAUCGUUCGCAGACUGACGGAACCAACAGGAAACAUUCACGAUGGUAUCGGCAACUACACGGCGGACGUAAAGUGUUCCUGGUUGAUCGAGAGCAACCCAAACUCCACGAUACGGAUGCACGUGGAGCAAUUCGCGACAGAAUGCGGCUGGGACCACAUGUACAUUUACGACGGUGACAGCGUCGAGGCGCCGUUGGUUGCCGUCUUCUCCGGAUUGAUGCACAAAGAUGGCUACCACGUACGGCGCGUGCCGGAAGUGAUCGCGCGCUCCGGAACCGCGCUGCUUCACUUCUACUCGGACGUCGCGUACAACAUGAGCGGCUUCAAUAUCAGUUACAAGAUCAACGCCUGCCCUAGCAGGUAUUCGCACACUGACUGUUCCGGCCACGGAGUCUGCAUCGACGGUGUGUGUACGUGCGAUGCCACGUGGACCGGUGAAGCUUGCGAGAUUCAAGUUUGUCCAAACAAUUGCUCCGAUAAUCACGGACAGGGCGAGUGCAACCGCGAGAGCCAUCACUGUGACUGCGUGCAUGGUUUCAAGGGUUCUGACUGCAGCCAAAGAAGCGAUCGUGGAUUCUGGGAAAGCGUAUCCUACAAAAAUUUGUCACCGGAAGGUUCGGCUAGUCAUUGCUCCAUCGUUUGGAAGGAUUCCUUAUACGUAGUCGGCGGUGAGAGCUUUCAUCGCGUAAAAAUGAUCAACGUUUAUGAUUUCAAUGGAAACGUCUGGGAGACCCCUCACGUCGAGGGUAAGGUUCCUCUGCCUCGGUACGCUCAUUCGUGCGUACUCUUUGGCGACAAGAUAUUCAUGUACGGUGGUGUACUGCCUAAUUCUACGGUGACCAAUGAGAUCUGGGCGUUCGAUGUGUCGGCAAAAGUCUGGGAGAACGUAACGGUGCACGAUAACUUCCAUAACAACAAAACCAUACGUGGUGGUCCUUUAAAGGUAGCCGGACAUUCUGCAACCUUGGUGCACGGAAAAAAAGAAAAGAUGGUGGUGAUAUUUGGCUAUUCGCCUCAGUAUGGUUACCUGAACGAAGUUCAAGAAUGCUAUUUGGGUACUCGUGAGUGGCAAAUUGUGGAGACUGCUGGAUUCCCUGUGAAGGGUGGUUAUGGUCAUACAUCUGCCUAUGAUCCGUUGACGAAUCUCAUCUACGUGUACGGAGGAUACGUAUCGGAGACACAAAUCACACAGGUGUUAACCAGUCGACUAUACUCCUAUCAUCCUAUUAAUCGUGAAUGGAGGUUGCUCACGUCAGCGCCAUCGGCUCGUUUCUUUCAUACGGCUGUAUUCGUUUCUGGUGGCUUGAUGAUCGUCUUUGGCGGUAAUAUGCACAACGAUACGCAACAUUCGGACGGAACAAGAUGUUAUUCAGCGGAUACGAUAGCGUACGACGUUACGUGCGACUCGUGGCAUCAGUUUUCUAUGCCGAAAGAGAUGACCGAUCUGCCUAGGUAUGGACAUACUGCAACUGUAUUUGAGAAGUCCAUGUACAUUUAUGGCGGAUUCGAUGGACAGAUGUUAUCUGACAUGUCAAGGUACACACCAGGGAACUGUGAGCACUUGAUGAAUCAGAAUCAGUGUUUGAACGCAAGGACAGGCGUGAAGUGCGUGUGGGAUAAGAGAGAGAAUCGGUGUAUACAGAUCACUAAGAUACCCCGACACGUGCUUCUUAACGACGACAUGCACGACGGAAUUUACAUGAGGUGCCUAGACGAUACGCCACCUCGUGGGAUGACGUCUCACAAGGAAUUAUGCAAACUGCUCACAGACUGUGUGGCAUGCGUACAGACUUCGUACAAUUGCGUAUGGUGCGGCAAGAGUUGCUCGUACGAGAUUUGCCGAGACAACGCUAACGCACCUCCGACUAAGGCGAUCACCGAUCUGGUACAAUGCGACCUUCAUACUGGCAUAGAGUGCUUACAAUUGCACACGUGCCAUGCGUGCUCCAGUAAUCCACAUUGCAUCUGGUCUUGGUCGAACGGACCUGAUCGGUGUAAGCCAUACUCGAAGGCUCGAGACCAAGUGACGAUUUUAAACGGAACUAUUCAAGCGCAGAGGCUGUCCAUAGACUCUUGUCGCAGUCCUUGCGUAGACUACACUUCCUGUAAAAAUUGCACAGAGUCCGAUUGCAUCUGGUGUCAGAGCGAGAAGAAAUGCGUGGACAAAAAUGCGUAUCCCGCGAGCUUCCCUUACGGGCAAUGUCGCGAGUGGACUACGAUCGAUGCGAAAUGUCGGCCGACGGAAACGGGGAAAGAAUGGUGCACGUUUUAUUCGUCUUGUACGACGUGCCGCUCCGAUCCUGGAUGUGGAUGGUGUGACGAUGGUUCAGGGACAGGGAAGGGACUCUGCCUGCCAGGUGGGGCUCGUGGUCCAAGCAGUAAAAGCUUGGACGCAUGCCCGUUCGAACGAUGGUACUUCACUAAAUGCCCUGCUUGCCAAUGCAACGGGCAUAGCAAGUGUCUCUCGAAUAGCAGCAUAUGUAUCCAACCGUGUGGAAAUUUGACGUACGGACCUCACUGCGAUAAAUGCAUUCCCGGCUAUUACGGCAAUCCACUGAAUGGAGCGACUUGUCAACCCUGUUUUUGUAAUAAUCAAGGCACGCAGUGUACCAGCGAGACGGGUAAAUGUUUCUGUACAACGAAAGGCAUUAUCGGGGAUCAUUGUGAACGAUGUGACGUGUCUAGCCUUUAUCACGGAGAUCCUACCAAUAAAGGAUCGUGUUUUUAUGAUCUGGCGAUCGAUUAUCAAUUUACGUUCAACUUAAGUAAAAAGGAGGACCGUCAAUACCGAGCGAUCAAUUUUAAGAAUUCUCCGCCAAAACCCGAUAUCGAUGCUGAGUUUUCCAUUACGUGUUCUGUAUUGGCUAAAAUGAACAUCACCGUGAAGAGAGGGAACACGCCGGAAAUACCGUUGAUUCUUGGCGCGAAUUGCACCACCAGCAUGUACAAGCAUCGAUUUAUCAAAGACGGUUACGGUUUCGGUAGCGAGAACAAUAAUACAUUAACCACGUUCUACGUUUACGUGUACGACUUCCAGCCGCCUGUGUGGAUUCAAAUUUCCUUCUCGCAAUAUUCCAAACUCAACUUGCAACAGUUCUUCAUAACAUUUUGCACAGAUUACAUGCCUAGGUGCUUCCUCGCUCUCCUGUUGGUGGCUGCUAUCCUUUGGAAGAUUAAACAAAAAUAUGAUAUGUACAGAAGAAGACAGAGAUUGUUCGUAGAAAUGGAGCAAAUGGCCAGUAGAGCGUUUAGCCAGGUUUUGGUAGAAAUCGAGAGGCGGGACAUCGAUAAUUCUGACUCCGAGCGAAACGAGUCCGAGUUAAUCAAUUGCCGCAAGAAGAAAAAGGAUGCCCCUAGUCCGAUCGCGUUGGAGCCCUGUUGCGGUAACAGAGCAGCGGUCCUGUCGUUGCUAGUCAGACUGCCUACUGGCGGUGAACCUUACACGCCGGCUGGUCAGAGCGCUGGUUUAGCCGUAGCAUCUGCGUUAGUUACGCUGGGUAGUCCGCGGAGGCCUUCUCAGGAAUUGACGACGAAGGAACCGACAAAAACACGAAAGUCUGCCAGCCAACACCCAGAUUCCACAUGCAUUUAGCGAUAAGGGCAUGAAAGUAGAGACUUUUAAAGUGGGUGACUAUAUGAGCCUUAGACAUGUUUCUGUGAUCUUGCCUUAGCGAACGGGCAGGACUGUUCAAACUCUUCGAACUCUGAUAGAGUGAAGUGUGUAAUUAUUCAUUAAUUAUUAUUCUUAAUUUUUUUUCACUUUUUCUGUUCUUUUCAUUUUUGUUCGUUCCGCAACGAAUGUUCGUUUCGAUCCGUAUUUUUCAAUGUGAAAAUCGCGUCCGUCAUGCUCAACGGAUCGGUCAGUUAAGUGGUUCUACUAGUGUAUGGAUUUUCGUUGUGAAACGGGGGCCGGCCGUGUUUCGUUCAGCCGAUAUUUGGUAAGUAAAUUAGGUCCAUGAAUCGUAAAUCCACGGCAUAGCGUGUGGGCAUAACACGCUUGACGGAUUCGAGAUUCCUUUCAUCGUCAUUUUAAUUCUUUCGUUUCUGUCGUGACGAUGUACAGUGUUGUAUAUAGAACUGUUCUGCGGUUUAUUUUUCUUCAUUUACACGUUGCGAUCGAACGGAAUCGAGUUCGUCCCGCGAUCAUCGACGUGUCUUCGAAAAGGGGGCUAUAAGAAUAGAGAUCGAACUUUGUAAUAAAGUUAAUAUUCAGCGCUGUCCUUUAGUUACAAGUUUCAGUGAAACCGCGGGAGUGGUGGCUGAAAAAAUUAUCGACAGAUAUCGGCGAACGAAAUAAUAUACGUAUCGAGAAAUUCGAUUUGCCGGAUGUAGUACGGACGUGUAAUUUUCGUUCUUCGUUUUUCUUGUAUAGUUGUGUAAAUACGUGUAUGUUGUAUAUCCCAAGUGAAAGAUCAUAAUCAUGACACACGCGGACUGUACAGAUAUAAAAUUGAUUCGAAGGAAGAAGGAAAGAAGCGGAAAGCGAGUGACAAGGAAUAUAUCAUCUUUUGUGUAUUUGUCUCUUUCUAGUAAGCGGUGAAGAAUCAAUUCUAAAUUAACGGAAAUGAAUAGAGGCGUAUCUUCGUAUUCGGUAUACCUAUUUAUCUAUUGUGCCAAAGCAUUUUUAUAUUGGUACCGUUAUUUAAAAAAAAAAAAAAAAAAAAAGAACUGGGAGAAAAAAAGGUAUUAGAACGUCAUUGAUGUAGAUAAGAAUUUUCAUUAACGAACCAAUUUUAAUCUCGAAAGAUUGUCAUUAGCAGAAGCAUAAAAGUCCAAUUUUUGGAUUUUUAUGACACGGCAGAAUUCAUUCCUUUCAUUGAUUUGUCUCUAUUCGUUUCCAUAGAGAAAGGAUUCGUUAUACGAUUGAAAGAUACGAAUCAAGAAAGUUGUCCAUUUUGCGUCGAGAUCUCUUUCUUUCAAAUACGACAGCGUAAUUUCGAUCGUAUAACGUCCAACAUAAUUUUAACGUAAUAACGAAGUGCGAGGGGGAGGGGCGGAGGAAGGAGAAGAAGGAUGUGGAUGUUGCAAUAAACUGUAAGAAUCGCGGUUAUUCUUCGGUCGACGAUAACGGUUUUCGUUUCGCUACAAGAUGGCAGUGCUGGUUGUUUCACGUACCAUGCCUAAAAAGCAGCGUUCAGACGCUCGAUAUUGUAAUCAAUAUUCGUAUGUGUCGACUACAAUAUCGAUCGCGCGAACGCUCCUCCUUAACCUUAAAUAGGUUUAAAACAGAUAGAGAACGAAAAAAGACAAACAAACGUAUAUGUUACGUGGCUGUGGUUUAUUUUUCAUUUAACUAUGUAUUAUCGUUCUUUCAUUUAUAUUACCGAUAUAUACAAAUUUCGUAUAUUUUUUGCGUGGCCAAUAAACGAUAGCUGCUUCCGUUCUGAAAUUUAGAAUGAUCUCACGUUCUUACUUUCUGUUCUGAAUAUGGAAGCAGCUCUUACUAUCACGUGUUCCAUAAAAAAGAAAGAAAUUAUUUUGUGCAUUCUGCCGUGCAAAACAGUUUCUUAUAACUAACCUAUAACUUAAAACUCCAGCUCCAGCACUUGCAUAGCACACAUAGAGAAUAUUUGCGUAUACGCGUCGUCUAUUUUAAUCUCAGCUCCAAUAAUAGAAUUUUUAAUGCGCGUGCAAUUAUUUUAUCACACUGUUCGUAAUAAUUACGGGAUCUCCUGCUUGUUGCACGGAAUAAGUACCAGAAACGAGAGAAAAAUACCGAAUAUAGGAUUAUCCGUUGUAGAACUUUUUAUCUAAUUUUCUUUUUAUUCGCGUAGUCGAGAUCAGCUUCCAAUGUUCAAAUUUACUACGGUUAAACAGAGGAUCCUGUAAUUAUUUUGUGCAUGGUAUAAGACUCGAGUACACCAAGAGUGUCGAUUUAGUAUUUUUAAGUUUUGGUCGAACUUUCUUUCAGAGCACCAAACAUUUUUAACCAAUUUCUAUAUUUUUUGACAGUAUAUCACGAACACAGCGUAAAAGUAUCAGUUGCGAAUCUAAGAAACAUUUCAAAUUUAAUCGAAAACUAAUAUAUUUUCUGUUUCUUUUAUACACAUCUCUACGGCUAAUACCAGAUUCGCCAGAUAUUUUGUUUCUAAUGAUUUCUUCUACGUUAUUCUUCCCGCAUCGGUGGAAUUUAUCAAGUUCCCGAGAUUUAUUCAAACUCUACCUCGACGCUAUAAUUUAUUAUUUCGCGAAUGCAUCCUUGUGUUAAGGAUCCAACGUGUAAUUCUUAAAAAUAAAUUUCCUAACUCCAAAAUUAGUACUUUUAAUCAUGAUUUGUUGAGUUGAAUCGCGUUAAAAGGUAUAGACACUGGUGAAGAAUCUUUGGUGUCCGAAAACGAGGUUUAGCCUCGAACUUUUCACAAAGAAUACGAGUGAUGUAGGCGUUUUUUUCGUCCUUUUUUUAAUUUUUUUUUUAUUUUAACCGUUGUAUAGCACAGGAUCAAGUGCAAUGCAUUACGUUUUACCAUGUAAUACUCAUCGAGUAUCUUUCAUUCUCUCUACUAUACUCGAAGCCUCUUAUUGUGAGGGUGCAACCAGACACUAGCCAAUACGUUGUAGAUGAUUUAAAUUGUGACAAAGUUACCCCUACUGUUCUCAAGAAUCGCUAUUACCUUAUCAGAAAUAGAGGAUAAGAACUAUUUACUCUUAUCUCUUGAUCGUGCUCUGGUUGCACUCGUAUAGAGAAUAGUGUACAUUUUAUUACCGUAAAGAUAAUUUAAUUUUUUAUACGACUGUUUUAUUUUUGUUCUCUUUCUUUUUUCUCUCUCUCUCUCUCUCUUUCUUUCUUUUUUCUUUUUUUUUCUUUUUUAACAGAGUAAUAAAAGCGGUGAACUUUCUUUGUUCUGCGCGAGAAUUUAGUUGUACAUAAUACGAGUAUAAAUAACGUUACAUUAUAUUUAAUGAAAAUAGGAGUACAUAUAUUGGAUAAAUUGCUCAACUUUUGAGUAGAUCCAUCU